AGGUAACAAGCAGAGUAGGGGACCAGACAUGUCAACUACAACAACGAACGGCCUCAAUGGCAGCCAUUAUCAAGAAUAUAACCACCAUUACGCUGAAGAAUGCAGCCAGGACGAUAUUGGCACAUUCCUUUUUACAUCAGAAUCUGUGGGAGAGGGACACCCAGACAAGAUCUGUGAUCAAGUAAGUGAUGCUGUGUUAGACGCUCACCUGAAACAAGAUCCAAAUGCAAAAGUAGCCUGCGAAUCUGUGGCCAAGACUGGCAUGAUCUUGUUGGCUGGAGAAAUCACUUCAAAUGCAAAUGUUGACUAUCAGAAGGUUGUCCGAGAUACAAUCAAACAAAUAGGAUAUGAUGACUCGUCAAAAGGUUUUGACUUUAAGACUUGUAAUGUCCUUGUGGCUUUGGAGCAGCAGAGCCCAGAUAUUGCACAGGGUGUCCAUGAGAACAGAGACGAUGAUGAUAUUGGAGCUGGUGACCAGGGUCUUAUGUUUGGAUAUGCUACAGAUGAAACUGACGAGUGUAUGCCACUCACUGUUGUGUUGUCACAUCAGCUUAAUGCUAAAAUUGCCCAACUCAGAAGGGAUGGAACAUUUUCAUGGGCAAGACCAGAUUCCAAGACGCAGGUGACUGUGGAAUACAAAUAUGUCAAAGGAGCCUGUGUACCUAUUCGAGUACACACUGUUGUUAUCUCCCUUCAACAUGACGAAGUCAUCGCCCUGGAAGAUAUGAGAAAACAACUUCUAGAAAAGGUUGUGAAUGUAGUGAUUCCCGAGAAAUACAGAGACGACAAAACAGUGUUCCAUAUUCAGCCUUCUGGAAAGUUCAUCAUCGGUGGACCACAGGGAGAUGCUGGUCUGACGGGGAGGAAGAUUAUUGUGGAUACUUAUGGUGGCUGGGGAGCCCAUGGAGGUGGUGCCUUCUCUGGAAAGGACUUCUCAAAGGUGGACCGGUCAGCAGCAUAUGCCAGUCGCUGGGUAGCCAAGUCCCUGGUCAAGGCAGGUCUCUGUAAGAGAGUCUUAGUUCAGGUAUCCUACGCCAUAGGAAUUGCAAAGCCUUUAUCCAUCACUGUAUUCAGUUAUGGGACAUCUGCACUGUCGGAAGCCCAGCUACUCCAAGUUGUGCAUGACAAUUUUGACCUGCGACCUGGACACAUUGUAAAGGAACUAAAUCUUCGAGCACCUAUCUACCAGAAAACUGCUUGCUAUGGACAUUUUGGUCGUCCAGAAUUCAGCUGGGAAGUGCCCAAAAAAUUAGUUUUGAAAAAAUAAAACGCUGUUAAAAGAAUUAAGUAUGAAUGCAAGAGAUAUGUAAAAUUAACCAGAGAUUAUUCAGAGAGCAACUAGCCCUAAAAUAUAUAUGUAGAUGUUGCUAAAAUCCAGAGUAUGCUCUGUGUGAGGGUGGGUUUUUUGCAUGUAUGCGUGUGUGUGAUCCUUUUUAUGAUGAGAACAACCCAGGGGAAGGCCACAGUAGUUAAAAGGCUAGUCUGACCCAGUUUGAUUCUAAAGGUCCAUAUAUAUGGAACAAGUUUGAUCCUUUCCACUCGAAACUGCAUAGUACUGAAACACCAUCGCAGUUUUGUCAAUUGAAGAGAUGGAGUCCAUGGCGGCAUCUUUCAUCCUUCAAAUAUGUGUCCAUACACAAAGAGCUUAAGGAUAUUUUUCGAGAUAUUUGAACUUAUUUUUGUCAAGCUCGGCUCAGAUUUCGCCCUUUAAUUAUUGCAAAUGUGUUUUUUCUUCUCGAUUUUUAUAUACACAUUUGUCUCGUGUUUAUAAAAAUUUUAACGGAAAAGAGCACUAUUUAUAAACACUCGGGCAAAAAUCCCCAAUAGUAAGAAGCCGUUAUGAUUAUUUAUAUUUGCAUAAAUGUAUUUGCUUUGUAUUGAUUAGAGAUGAAUGAGAUAUUUUUUUUUACCUUGGAUUAAAUGGAAUAUGAUUGUGAAUCCUUUUAAUGUAAUUUUUAUUGUUGUUAUUUGUUUGAUUUCAUUUUUAUCAUUGCCCAUGACUUGUAAGAAUUUUUUAAUGGAUUUCUGCCAUUUUCUCCUGCAAGUGUAAAUGCUUUUGUGUUGUAUAAAAGAAAUUGUCAUGUACAUUGUAGUGAUAUACACAGAUAUUCUACAGAAUGGUGUGUGCAAUUUAAGGGAAAAAAUUGGUUUCCUUAUCUGGCAUUGAUCUUGCCUGAUAACAGUUGUAAUUGAUGAUCCAUCAUCAGAAAUCAGCACUCGCAUCUUAUUCACAGAAACAAUCUCGAAACAUUGACAGUUUAUUGUUAUGUAAUUCUGUAUUAAGGUUUGAAUUAGAAAACCAGUUUACACUGUAGAAGUCAAGUGUAUGUGAGGGAACAACUAAAUAAAUUGUUGAAAUAUUA